AUGAAUAUAUUACCAUCAAUAAAGCCAGAUCCUGGAAACAAGGUUCCUUCGCAAUGUUUUGCACAGGCAUCCCACGGAUUCCGUUACACAGCCAAGGGCAACUCGUCCGACAACACACAAGCCAGAUAUCCGACGAGCUUGACGCCUGUUCCAUUUUCUCGGCCAAAAGGGGGUUAUCUGGCUAGUCUCCCGCCAGACACGGAAAUUUCGGUGUUUACAACGAUAUUCUAUGCUCAUUCUGCGACUCUCAAGAAACACUCUCGGCUCUUCAAGGAGAGAAUCGAAAACGCGGAUCAAAGAAACAUUAUCAUUGCAGACAAUAGCGGGAUUAAAUACAAGUUCUACUCCAUUCUUAAAGAAGGCGGAGUAGGGAGAGAUGGAACAGGAUGGGGUCUUAGAUUGAGCGGUUGCAAAAUAACUCAACAUGAGAGUAAUAACUAUCAACAAAGAGAUCAUCACAAACGGUAUUAUACUCUACUCAUGGACGCCUUACAUGACAGGCCCUUGUUCAUAGAUUCCGUCCCCACGUUGAACUAUCUGGUAAACCUGGCACAUGAUUAUGGCGCGCUUCCAAGGGUCUCAAAGGCUGUUAGCGCAUCUUCGCUAUUUGACGAAGUCCAGUUUCAUGCAGAAAUACCAAAUCGACCCUUGUAUUUGGACUUGGAUGACCCAGUUCUGCAUGCCGUAGCUGACAAAGCAUAUCGAAAAAUCGUGCGAAAGGUUGAUGAGCUUUUUCAAUACGGAUCGGAUCUUGAGGCGCGGGAUCCAAGAUACAGACUCUUUGAGAGGCUGAAUGCGGAAAUGAAAAAUGCAGCAGGCAGUAUCGAGCCCGGAGGGUUAAAAGAUGGCAGCAACCUCUGUCUGCCAGUGACAUUCCGUAGAGUUCUGAGAUGGUAUGGUCAAGGGCUCCCAGAAGAUUGCAGGUCGCUUCUCGAGGCGCUUUUCGUUACCAAUUUGGUUCUUGAUGGAAGCGGUUACAUUUCUGGCGACCCUGGGCUUUUUCAAGAUACGUUUUUGUGUGCUGAGGUGAGCGACGGGGAACUCCCUUGGGAUAUUCAUGAGAAAGAUUGGUAG